AUGCCUGUCCUCAGCAAGCCCGUCGAAAACGGUCGGGGCCCCGUCCCCUACGAAGUCUUCCUUCUCGUCGUGGACACCCUCAUCGUCAAGGCCGAAGCCUGCCAGGAGUCCCUCUCCUUUUGGAUGUACUACCAGCAUCGCGUCCCCUCCAAGCUCGCCUUCAUCCUCUCUCAAGACGAAGACGAGGCCAGAAACCAGCCGCAUUAUCCAUUGAAGACCCGCUUCCGCUCCAUCAUGCUCGCCUCCCAGGUCAACACCAAGACGCGCGCCCUCGUGCACAAAAAGUUCGUUCGCGUCCCGCUCGCCUUGCCUCACAAUGACACGCUCGCCCCCGUGGAGGCCUGGGUCAUCCCCCACCUCGACAAGGUCAUGGUGAUGCCCUUGAUCACCCGGCUGGUGGAGCCUGAGAAUAUCGCCGGCUUCGUCCAAGCCAUCUCCAAGCCCACGCCUGCGGGCUACGCCAUGCUCCAGCACGUGCAGCACCUCUACCUUCCCAGCCUGGCCUGCUUGAACAAGAGCUACCACAACAUCAUGGCGCACUUUGCCAAGCUGCCUAACCUUCGAGACGUCUUCGUCAGCAUCGGCCGGUACAACAAGAAGCACCUCGAGGACGCUUACCUCGACAGCGGCCUAGUCAUGGUCAACCAGGACACGUUCCCCGACCUCCAGGACCUGUGGACUACCGGCACGGCCUACUCCCUGCACAAGACGUGGUGCCCCUACGAGAAGAGAGGCAUCAAGCUCUACGGAGCCGGGAAUGCGGAUUUCGAGAAGGUGAUGGAGUUGAUUCCUAAGGAAGGCGACGUUACGGCUAUUCUCUACCCCCCCGAGCAAGCCUCGCCCGGCUCAGGAUGA